AUAGGAGCGUGGGCCAGCUGGACGUGGUUUUCUCACUUCAUAUCUUCAGGACAGCAGUGCUCGGCCGACCUUCCUUGCCGCUUGACUGCGGCUAGAACGAGACCCCGGUCAGCGUACAUCGUGAAGUGGGUUAGCUGCGCGGUUGUAACUUGCUCUGUCUUCACAUUCCCUCGCCAGCGUUCAAGACACCUCACGGGUCUUAUGUAGAGCAUCCGUGAGUCUCAUAUAAUUACUUUGCUCUAUAUCAAUCUUGUGCCCUUGUCUCUUCGUUCCCCGUCCCUAUCGAUCCGGAUUUUGCUUUUUCUCUUCACUGAGAUCCUAGUUGAGCCGCCCUCCGGCGAAUAUCGUCCAAGAUGAGGCUUACACGGGCUGGUUCGGCCCUGCCGCUCGCCGGCCUCCUAUCCCUUGCCUUGGCCGCACCAUCUCAGCCAGCUACAAUGGGCAAUUAUGUCUGGUAUGGCUGUCAGACAGAGGCUACUGGUGCCCGCGCUCUGACCGCCUUCUUCUACGCCGAUGAUGCCAUGACAUUGAGCUCGUGCCAAAAAUUCUGCAGUGGUAAAGGGACAACCUAUUUCGGCGCCGAAUAUGGCCGCGAAUGCUUCUGCGGCAAUUCCUUCUCAAAGGGAUCCGUCAGAGCUCCUGCAUCUGACUGCAGCAUGCCUUGUGCUGGCGACGCAACACUGGCCUGUGGAAAUGGCGAUCGUCUGUCUGUCUAUGCCGUCAAUGGCACCAAUCCCCAAUCUGCUGCUCCGACAACCACUACUACGGCUCUUGCUGUUCCAGCAGCUACUUUCCCGGCCGGAUGGACUUCCCAGGGUUGCUGGCAGGAUGGACCCAAUGGCCGUAUCAUGCCUACAUACCAGGCACAAGACAGUGAUACACUAACCCCCCAGAGCUGCGCUGCGCUUUGUAACGGCAUGGGUUACACCAUCUCAGGAACUGAAUACUUCAAGCAGUGCUUCUGCAGCAACGCCAUCUACAAUGGAGGCGUCAAGAGCACCGAUGAUAGCAAAUGCAACACUCCCUGCAGCGGAGAUAGCUCAGUCAACUGUGGUGGUCCAGGUUACCUGACCAUCUAUUCCAAGGGAACGCCUACAACUUUCCAGCCACCCGUCCCGCAAAGAAGUGGUUUAAACGGAACCUGGACGUACCAAGGUUGCUACAGUGAUAACGUCAACAACAAGCGUGCUCUCCCGUGGCAACUCAACCAGCCCGGCGUUAUGACGGCCACCACUUGCUUGUACCAGUGUGCGAAAUUUGGAUAUGCUGCUGCUGGACUUGAAUACGGCCAGGAGUGCUACUGUGGUGACCCAGGAGAUAUGACCAACGCAGGAUCUACGAAGCAGGCUGAGGGCGACUGCAACAUUGUCUGCGCUGGAAACGCGUCGUCUAUCUGCGGUGGUGGCUCUAGACUCAGCACGUACUUCUGGACCGGAUCAAAGCCUCUCUAUGUCUUCGGCUACCCUCAGGGCAACAAUGCGGGUACCUACUCGAAUCUAGUUGGCGGUGUCGUCACUCCUCUGAUGACAAUGCAGUCGGUCACUGGUAAGGUCACAUUCCUCGAGAAAUGGGGAACCGGCCCCCCCAACAGCACUGGAGCUUAUGAGCUCGAUCUCAGCCAAACCGACAACUUCUCUCGUGCCUGGAGGACUAUGCACCUCAAGACUGAUGUGUUCUGCUCUGCCGGUGUCAUUCUCCCUGAUAAGGCUGGUCGACAGCUGACUGUCGGUGGAUGGUCUCUUGACUCGACCUACGGUGUCCGUCUCUACACACCUGAUGGCUCACCAGGCGUUCCAGGAAAGAACGACUGGGAAGAGAACGUGAAUGUCCUCAAGCUCCAAAGAGGUCGAUGGUACCCUUCUGCUAUGGUCAUGACUAACGGAUCCGUCCUAGUCAUUGGUGGUGAGAUUGGCUCCAACGAUAGGGCCGAGCCUACUCUUGAGCUUUUACCCAACGCUGGUCCCUACAAGUACCUGGACUGGUUAGCCCGUACUGACCCUAACAACUUGUAUCCCUUCCUCGCUGUUCUCCCUGGUGGUGGCAUCUUCGUCGGCUAUUGGAACGAGGCCAGGAUUCUCGACGAGGUGACUUUCGAGACUACCAAGGUCUUGCCUAACAUGCCUGGAUCUGUGAUCAACCCCCUAUCUGGCCGUACCUAUCCUCUUGAGGGUGCCUCUGUGUUGCUGCCUCAGAUCGCCCCUUAUACUGACCCUCUCGGAAUCCUCAUGUGCGGUGGAUCUACCGAAGGCGGUGGUGAGGCUCUCGAUAACUGCGUCAGCCUCUAUCCCGAAGCUGCCAACCCCACCUGGACUCUGGAGCGCAUGCCUUCCAAGCGUGUUAUGCCCUGCAUGGCUCCUCUCCCUGACGGCACAUAUCUGAUCGCCAACGGCGCCAAGCAGGGUGUUGCCGGAUUUGGCCUCGCCGACGACCCCAACUACAACGCCGUCCUCUAUGACCCGUUCAAACCCGUCAACCAGCGCAUGUCUAUCAUGGCCAACACCUCUGUCGCCCGCCUCUACCACAGCGAGGCCAUCACUCUCCUCGACGGCCGUGUCCUCAUCACCGGCUCUGACCCUCAGGACGGCAAACAUCCCCAGGAGAUCCGCGUCGAAGUAUUCACGCCACCAUACCUGUACAGCAGCAAGCCCCGUCCGUCAUUCACCGUCGCCAACAAGGACUGGACAUACGGCCAGACCAUCUCCGUCACCCUUGGCGCUGCUGCUGCAGGCAAUAUGCAGGCCUCGCUCCUCGGUUCCGUGUCCAGCACCCACGGCAACUCGAUGGGUGCCCGCACCCUGAUGCCUGCGGUCUCGUGCAACGGAAGGACGUGCACGGUGACGGCCCCCCCGAACAAGUACAUCUGCCCGCCGGGUUGGUACCAGUUCUACAUCCUGCAGGACGGCAUCCCAGCCGUCGGUGUGUACGUCCGUAUCGGUGGCGACCCGGGCAGGAUCGGCAACUGGCCCCCUGGAAACGACUUCACCCGCCCUGGUAUUUGAGGGACCUUUCCCCUGUCUCUUUGCCAGUUAUUUUUCACGGCC